CCAUGUGAACGGCGAUCUCUGCUCGGUCGACCGGGCUUGAAUGAACGAUGACAUCUGAGCAGGCUCCGGAGAGUCGCGGCUCUGGCGAAGAGGAGGAGGACUUCGGCUACAGCCGGUUUCCCGAUCGAACUCUCGGCCAAGGGAAGAAGCCCUCGUUGAAGGGAAAAAUAAUAUCCGGAAUCUUUGGCUCCCAGCAUAGAUGCCAGUCGAUGCUGAAGGUUGCCCUGGACACCAGUCCACAGGCUAAACUGCUUCUUGAUGCUAUGAAGAAUUCUGGCUGCACCGUCACCAAUAACCGACACAUUUCAUGUGAAAAUUGUGAUAAACAUGUUGGUGGAGGAUUUGAUUCUUCAGUAUCACAGAUUGUUCUGUGCCAAAACAAUAUACAUAGUCAAUCUCAAAUGAACAGAGUGGUUGCACAUGAACUUAUCCAUGCAUUUGAUCACUGCCGUGCUCAUGUCGAUUGGUUUAAUAAUAUAAAGCACUUAGCCUGUUCAGAGAUUCGGGCGUCUAAUCUCAGUGGAGAUUGUUCUCUCAUAAAUGAAGUGAUGCGGUUCAGAUUUGGACUGAAGCAGCAUCAGCAGACGUGCGUAAGGAUGAAAGCUGUUCGCUCCAUGUUGGCUGUUAGAAAUAUCACUAAAGAGAUGGCAGAGAAAGCUGUAGAUGAAGUCUUUGAAUCCUGUUUCAAUGAUCAUGAACCAUUUGACAGAGUGCCCCACAGCAAACUGGAUGCAAAGUACGCAUAUAGAGGUUUUCAGAACCGUCACCGUUACUACCAAAAUCUAUGAAUGAAAACUGUUCACCUGUAGGUUCAAACUACCACAUUGAGGAUAAUUGGAGUCCCUGGAGAGAAUAUAUCCAAUUUGUUUAAUUU